AUGUUUCGCCUCCGCCAGGCGGGCCCACCGAGCUAUUCGUGCCCCUCACAUUCUUGGACAUCCAAUGGGUCCACUUCCAUUCCAUGCGAAACCUUCUCUUUUACGAGCACCCUUUUCCGAAACCUAGCUACUUCUCCGAAAGCCUCGUCCCGAAUUUCAAACGAUCACUCUCCAACACUAUCUCCCGUUAUCGGGCCAUUUGGUCUACCCUAUAACCGACAACAACAAAACCCAUUAUUCGUUACGUGGUGGGAGACUCGGUUUCAUUCACGGCUGCCUUGUCGAGACAAGAUUUCGACGAGCUCGUCGCGAAUCACGCUUGAGACGCCGAUCGAUUCUACGAUUUUGUUGCUGAUGUGGCGCCACCGCCGUGAAAGUGACUUUGUUUCCCGACCGAGGUAUAUGCAUCGGUGUUUCCACUCAUCAAAUUCAGCUUUUCGGAUGCCGAUUUUGGAUGGGGAAAGGCGAGAAAGUUUGAGGUUGUGUCGAUGCGACGGGGAAAUGUAUUCGAUGUCGUUGUGCGAGUCGAUGGUUUCGAAUGGAGGGCUGGAGAUUGGUCUGUCAUUGCCAAGGGAUAGAAUGGAAGCUUUUGGUGCUAUAUUUGCUAAGGGAAUUAAUGGGAGUUCAAGAAGAUUUGGUUUGGGUUUUGGUUUUGGUCUGUCUACUGUGUCCCCGCUUUAA